AGUGAUCUUGGGAUCAUCAUUGGGAUCAUAAGCUGCCGUGUCUGUUCACAUAUAGUGCUUUUGUGCCUAAUCGAGAGUAGCUUAAGAGUGAUUAUUUAAUUAUUAUACAAUUGCAACAAUGUCGCAAUUGACUUCAAGUGCAGCACUUCUUGUGCUGUUCCUCUUGUGUUGUUUCACACAAAAUUCGGAAGUAUUUUGUCAAGAAUCAGAUGCUACCCCAAGUGUUGAAUUAUCAGUUCAAUCCAUGGACAAUGGUGAUCCAUCGGAAACUCCAGAAACGGAUGGACCCGAUGGACCGGUACCUGAAGUGAUUGACGUCAAUAACUUACCUCCUUUCCCUGUUUUACGAAACAUGCUCCUUGAUUCUGACAAUGAAGUGGAGACGUUCAAUGGAUAUCACUAUGAUAAACCAGAUAUUCCCUUUGAAGAUACCAAUGUCAAUCCAGUUGAAGUAGAAGGAUACAGUUACCCAAAACCAUCUAAUCCCCUAACUUAUCCCGAUCGUGCGGAUAAUGUUGUUCAAGAAGAAGAUCUGGAUCCACGAAAUGUUGUUCCUGAAAGUGAACAAGGACCUCCAGUGAUUGAUUUACCAGAUGAUUCCAUCCGGAUUCUAGACGAUGAAGUGGCUGAUGUUGAGGAUGAGGCUCCGGAUGCCACAGACGCAUCUGAUGCAAAUCAAUAGACAAAUAUCGAGAGCCCAAAAACCUUGUGUCUCCAUCAUCAGAAUAUUUUCGUUCUUUCAUCACUGGUGCUUUUGUGUACAAAGAGUGAUUUCAAUGGAAAUAUUUACUCCGCAAAUACAUCAAGAGUUGUGUUGAAUCUA